AUGCAGCACAAAGAUAAACUGAUUGAAACUUACGAACAACAGCAGAAAGAAAUUAUUGAAAAUUUCGACAGGAAAAUGGAGGAAACCAUUGCUAAACUCAGGAAAAAAAGGAAAGAGUUAGUUGAGGAGUUAGCAGAAAAGCAAUCCAAGUUUAAGCUGAGGAUCAGUGAUGUAGAGCAGAAAGUUGUAAAAAAAGUUGAAAGCUUAAAUGCUGAUUUCAAAACUUUGAAAUGGAAAAAUCUGACAUUGGUAGAUGAUUUGAAGAAACUAUCAGCUGGUCUUGUAAAAGCCCAGGCGUUGUGUCAGAACUGUAAACUAUUCCUCACAAUGAAACUGACAAAUAAAACUUGUGAAAAACUUACAAAGAAUAUGCAAGAGUUACAAAACAACAAUAUAUAUUGUUACAAAGUUGAACCAAAACUUGAUUCAAAACCGUCCAUACAAUCUCUUGAGACUACCAGAACUUUUUUCUCCUACAAAGUAAUUCAUAAAUCUGCUUUACAGAGGACUGCAACUUUUUAUACAGACAUAAACUACCAAUUCAAAGAGUACGCAACUUUAUGUCUUCUAAAUGAAAACACACUUCUAGCAACUGAUAAAAAAAGUAAUUCUAUUGUCAUCUUUAAAAUUACAAAGACAACUUCACAAUGCUUUGAUACAAUAAAAGUGCUCUCAAAACCUUGGGCCAUCACGUCAAUUAGAGACAAUAAAGUUGCUGUUACAUUUCCAGAGGAAGGAAUAAUCAGAAUGAUAACAUUUUCUGAACCAAUAUCUGUGGUUAAUUCUGAUGAUAUAAGAGUAAGACUUCCAUGUUACGGUACUGCUUACAGUAAUAACAAUUUUAUAGUCAGUAAUGAGGAGUCUAGAACUGUUCAGAUACUGGACAUGUCUGGUCAUAUAAUAAGAACUAUUGACAAAGAUUCUAUGGGUAAGCCACUGUUUACUUCACCUUUGUACAUGGCUGUCAGUCCAGACAAUACAACCAUAUAUGUGUCAGACUGGAGUAGCGACACUGUGACAAGUAUGACCUUUGAUGGUAAAGUCAAGGCCAUUUACAAAGAUGUUCAACUGAGUACACCAUACCAACUAACAGUGGAUGAUCCAGGGUCAGUAUAUGUGUGUGAAAUUCAUUCAAACAAUGUCCAUCAAUUAUCAUCUGACCUCACUAAAGUGAAGAUCUUGCUGAAUACAAGUCAUGGAAUGAACCAACCAGUGAGUGUUGUACACUGCAACAAUGGCAACAAACUGUAUGUAGGAAUGCGGAAUAGGAACAUUAAAGUGUUUAACUUAUCACUAAAAUAA